AAUGUAUAGCCUCAGUGUAUGGGCCGGGCUUUGGCCGCUAUAAAUUGAAUCAGCGAACCGAACCAGAGCUUCAGUGAGUGAGAGCGAGAGAGAGAGAGAGAGAUGGCCGGAGUUGAAACGCAGAGAAGGCAAGGAAGACCACUCCCUCCGGCGAGAGGGGGUCUACCAGGGCCACCUCCUCAUCCACCUAAGAACGCCACUCGAUUCGAACCUGUUGAUCGCGAGAAGACUUGUCCUUUAUUACUCCGAGUCUUCACAAAGAUUGGAGGUCAUCAUACUGAUUCAGACUUUGCAGUGAGAGGCAAGGAGCCAAAAGAUGAGGUCCAAAUUUAUACGUGGAAGGAUGCUACUCUCCGUGAGUUAACUGAUCUGGUUAAAGAGGUAGCUCCAGAAGCAAGAAGAAGAGAUGCAGUACUGUCCUUUGCAUUUGUAUAUCCUGAUAAACAUGGACGUUUUGUGGUUAAAGAGGUGGGGAGAACCUAUUCUUAUCCAAAUGGGAGACGACCUGACAGUGGUGGCAAGGCAUUGGGUGAACUUAGCUUCCAGAUCGGAGAUUACUUGGAUGUGGCAAUUCUGUAGAGAAGCUGUCUUCAGUGUUCCGUACUCAGUAUUUGGUAUUCUGUUUUCGAUACUCACAAUGAGUUUAGAUUUGGGGAGUUCUGUAGCUCAUGAUAUUGGAUUUUGAUUGAAUUGUGGGUUAUGUAAUGAUAUCAUAGCAGGAAAAAAAACCUCAAACUUUCUGGGGCUUGUUUUAUUCUCUCUUCCUAGAAAUCUCCAAAACCAACAAGUAAUCUAUGUUUCUAUCUAAAAAGAAGGAUUCAUUGUGCAUGAUCUGCUUA